GGGUGUUUGCAGGAGAGCAGCUGGUGCUCUGCUCGGCAUUGAAAAUCAACUGCUCGUAGCAGAGCGAGACGGCAGAACGCAGGACUCGAGUAGGAGGAGAGGUGGCAGAGAACAAAUCCGGGUCUGCGAGAGCCGAGACAUUUCUGCAGAAUCGAGGACUACUCCCCGAGGCUUGGCCUGCUGCUGUUACUUCCUAAAGCCAUACAUAAUUGAUCCCUAAUGCAAAGUAGUUUUUUUCACUAAGCAAGCUUACAUUUUUAAUACUCCUCUUUGCAUCUACGCCAAAACCUCAAAAGGCUGCUUUUGCCACCGUCACCACCCGUCCCUUCUUUGGCGAUCUCUUCACCACAACGUCGUCCGCCGUCUCGACGUCGUCGCACUCUCAACAAAUUGCACUUUCGCCGACGACGCCGCCGCCGCCUCUGUGCUCUCAACAAAAAAUCCCACGAAAGCAAACAUGAAUUUCCUCCGCCGCCGCCUGUCCGACAGCAACUUCAUGACCAACCUCCCCAACGGAUACAUGAUGGACCUGCAGCGGCCAGACGGCACCGCCACCACCGGCGCCGCCGUGGCCGCCGCCUCCUCAUCCACCUCGACCUCGCCCGCCCCUGAGCGCCGGCAGUCCAUGCAGACCGUCCCGUCCGCCUCCAUGGCUCCGCCGGUGACCGGCAGCGGCGGUGGCUUUUUCAGUUCGCUGUCUCAGGCGGUGAAGCAGACGACCGGGCUGGGAGACCAGUCCUCGUCCCAAGCGGCCAAGCGGCCCAAGAUCCUGCUCGUCAUCGACGAUCGGCACACGGACUGGGCCAAGUUCUUCAAAGGCAAGAAGAUACACGGAGAAUACGACAUCAAGGUGGAACAGGCGGAGUUUUCUGAGAUCAACCUGGCCGCUUACACGGAGACCGGCUGUAUGGUGGACAUGCAGCUCAUGAGGAACGGCACCAAGGUAGUGAGAUCGUUCAAGCCGGACUUCGUGCUGGUCCGGCAGCCGGCACGCGGCACGGGCGACGAUUUCCGGACGCUGCUCGUGGGCUUGGAGUACGGCGACGUUCCGGCCGUCAACCCCCUCUCCUCCGUGCACGCCUUCUGCGACAAGCCGUGGGUGUUCUCGCAGCUGAUCAGAAUACGCAAGAACCUAGGGAGCAAAAGGUUCCCAUUGAUCGAGCAGUCCUUCUUUGCCGACCACCGUGAGAUGCUGACUGCGCCCACCUUCCCGGUCGUGGUUAAGAUUGGCCACGCUCACUCCGGCAUGGGCAAGGUGAAGGUGGAGAACCAUUACGACUUCCAGGACAUGGCCGGCGUGGUUGCCAUGGCCCAGACCUACGCCACCUGCGAGCCUUUCAUCGACUCCAAGUAUGACAUCCGCGUCCAGAAGAUAGGCGCCAACUACAAGGCCUACAUGAGGACCUCCAUCUCGGGAAACUGGAAGGCCAACACGGGCUCUGCAAUGCUGGAACAAAUCGCCAUGACGGAGAAGUACCAACUGUGGGUGGACGCGUGCGCCGAGAUGUUUGGCGGCCUGGACAUCUGCGCGGUGAAGGCCGUCCACGGGAAAGACGGGCAGGACUACAUCAUUGAGGCGAUGGACAGCACCAUGCCGCUGAUUGGCGAGCACCAGGACGAGGACCGGCAGCUGGUGACCGAGCUGGUGGCCACUCGCAUGGACCUGCUGCUGCCCAAGCCCGAGGAGCUCGCCGCUCAGAAGGCGGCGCAGGCAAGCGGAGCUCCGUGUCUUCCACCGCAGCAGGGAUGUCUGCAGUAUAUUCUCGACUGCAAUGGCAGCACGCCAGGCAGUCCCCAGCAGCCAGCACCGAGCUCAAGUGUCGCUCAGAAACAGCCGACGCCGACAGUUCCACAGCGCAGCGCGUCCACCGACAAGGCCCCCGCGGCUCUGCAGCAGCAAAAGUCUGGUCCAGCAGCAGCCGCAGCGGCGGUGGCGGCGAGCGGAGGAGCCAAGCCAAAGUCAGGAGGAAACCCCCAGACCCAGCAACCGCGGCCCAGCGCUCCGGGACAGCCAGUGCCGCCCGACAGACAGGGGUCGUCAGGGGCCACCGGGAGCACGACGAAACACUCGCAGCAGCGGACGUCGUCGGCAUCGUCGUCCUCUGCCAGCAGUCCCGCUGAUGCCGCCGCCGCUGCAGCAGCAGCAUCUGCAGCUGCCACCCCCGCUGCAUCGACUAAGCCGGAGCAGAAGCCGCACCCGCAGCUCAACAAGUCGCGGUCGGUGUCGGGCACGAUGGGCGGCGGGGACGGCGCCGGCAAGGCCGGUUCCGGCGAGGAGGAGGCCAAAGCCGAGACGAUCCGGACGCUGCGCAAGUCGUUCGCAAGCCUCUUCUCCGACUAAGGCCCAUGGUCGAUGACGCGCGCUACGCGACACGCGAACUUGUCGCUGCGUCGCCGGCGCGGGUGGCUCGCUCGCAUGACUCGCUGAAUGUCUCAACAUUCAAGCGAACUUCCACUUAAGUUUCCAUCAGUUAACGGAUAUUGUCUUAGGUGUGAACCAGGUUUAAAGUAGGGCUCGGAUAUUCAAUUGUUUCAUAAACGGAUCACUCUAAUGAUCAAUUGCUUGACUGUAUGGAUAAGAUGGAAAUAGUUGGGGGGGGGGGAGGAAGUCUCAUCUACGUUCCCACGUGUGCCGCUGGACGGGAGGUGAUAGGCGAGACUUUAGUGACGUCAUUGGCAUCAACAGCUGCGUCACGCUGGGCGUGGCUUAUGGGGGGUUUCCCUCCUUCAGGAAACAGAACGUGGGGGGCAGCCGCCAUUUUUUCACGGGCUCAAGUGACUGACUGUGUAAAUUAGUUGAUUGCAAUAUUUAAUUGGUUCAUCGGCUAAUCGUCCCAACUCUGGUUUAAAAUCUCGUUCACGGUGUGGCUGGUUCUAAACUGAAAAAAAAUACUCAACACGUUUGUCAAUAAUACUGCUUUUAAGGAGAAAAAACAGGCAAUGUUUAGGGCAAUGACCCCUCGUCCUAGCACAUUAAUAGAGCAGAACCAUUUCCCAAAAACAUCGACGAGUAUAUAUAUUUAUUUUUAAGGCCAAAGUAUCAUUGACAUACAUGUUGAGUUGUUGUUGUUAACUGUGCGUUUGCACCACUGCCAACGCAGCAACAGCGUCACCAACAUAAUCUGGUUCUCGAAUCAGUUCUGGAGCACAACGCGAGUCCGUUGAAGGUCGGCCUCUGCCCAUAUAAUCGGCUAGCCCAAAGACACAACCAGAUCACUUGCUUAAACGAAUGCUGCCAGGAUGCGUUAAUCUGGAAGGCCUAUCAACAGAAUGGCAAAAUAUUCUGUUAUACUGCAAAUUACUUGGUGCACACUUAACAUUUAUUUUACAAUUUACAGCUGAAGGCGAGGGUGGGUUUUUUUCUUUCAGUAGCAAACCGAUGUUACUUCGAAGUAGGGCCUCAAUUCACAUGGAGCUGUCCGGGGCUGAGCUCUGAUAAAUAUUUCUAGGGGUUAGGGGGUUAAGGGCCCCGGGGAGAAUAUUCCAUGAGAAAUGAAGCCCUGCUUUUAAGCGUUAAGUGUGAGUGAAGGACAAAUCUGUGCUGGUCCUGCAUAGGCCUCAUCCCAGCUCUCGCCUCCUAUUCAUUUUCCGCCCUCUCAAACGUGACCACAAACCGUGGCUCAGACCGAGUGCAUUUCGCUUAAAUUAACUUAAAGCCACCGAAACGGUUCAAUACACUUACUAUUCAAUGCUUUUCCGUCCAAUAAUCUCUCUCAGAUAUCGUAUGGACUCGAUGAAGCUAAAGGCAUACGGCUACAAUCAAGAGUUAUGUGCAGAUUGUGGUUUGCCUGUCGAUUUAUUUUCAAAUAACAUACUCGGUAACAUCAGGACCCGAGUCUAUACAUGUUUGCUAAGUAGAAAUAAGUAAACACGCGGCAAUCGAUAACCUGACAUGCAGUUUCAGUUCGUUGCUACAUAAAUCCUAAUUAUAUCGCAUGCUAAGGGUAUUAUCCGCAAUUGUGUGGAGGGUUACGGUAUUUGAUUUGCACGAGGUUUUGGUUAUAGAAUAAUCUGCGUCAUUUUAACAUCAUACUAUUCCAAUGAGACUGAAUUCCGUGAGUUCAAAUAAAUAAUGAUUUAGAGGGGUCCAAACACUGAGUAGAAUUCGAUAGUCGGAGGCGUUAUCCGGGGGUAUUUUAACGUUGAGAUUUCUGCUUGCAGUGCGUUUUUACGACAGCAGACAUUGCAGACCGCCCCCCCCCCCCGCCACCCCACAUGAGCAACUUGGACACGUUCGCUUUUAGAGCCCCUCCAGUUUGACAAAACCCUUCCCUGCCGCCAAUGUCCACAUCCCUCUUAGAAAACGGUUCCCCGAGCAUGACGGACGUGUGAAUGGUGCGGCGUGAAACAACAACAACAAAAAACCACCCCACUCGUUCUUUGCCGACCCGUUUAUUUUGUGUGCAGCCUGAGCAAUGCGAGUCGAGGAGGAGGGCGGACGUUUCAUUCCCUCUGUGCCCCGCGCUUCUCCCUGCAUGGGUCACAUUCGUCGUGUUGGAUCCACCACAUCGGCUGCACGUGCGGUCGUCCUCGUUCCAGAGAGGGCGGGGGGAGCGGCAGAGAUCAAGAGCAUGUCAUUUGGAAAAUGUGCACGCCAAUGGCAAACUCGGGUUGCCACGUGGCCCGGUUUUCCCAGGAUCUCCUUUUUGAGAUAGCUAUUCUGGGUAACCUGUAAGUCUAAGUCAGUGCACAACAAAAGUAAUAAUAUUCUUAGGUUUUUUCGGUAAAGUCACGUAGGUAAAAAUUUUAAAUUAAUAAAAGUAGUAUAAAAUUUACUUGAUACAGCAAGCGUGCUGUGACGGUUCCACCUGAAGACGGAAGCUUGUGUUGCCUCCGAAACGUCGUGAUUUUUAUUAUUUUAUUUUUAUUUUAUAUUUUUAUUUUAUUUAUUUUAUUUUACUUUUAUAAAUUUUUAUUUUUUACCUACGUGACUUUACCGAAAAAAACCUAAGAGUAUGAAUCCUUGCUGUCACGAAAGCUUCAAAUCUAAAAGUAAUAAUAAUAAUAAUACACCACUCUAGACAAUUCGUACACACGUAGUUUUCGCCUCUUGCCAAUAUUGGUGAGAUAUUAUUCUCCCCGCGUGAUAUGUCCAGGUGUUUGCGUUCCCCAAGAGGCAGGCAAACACCGACAGCUGCAGGCGCAUUCCAAUUUCUUCCAACUCGUGUUGUCGCUGUCGGGACGGAGCGGUGGUGCAGCGGUGCGGUUGCUCGCAGUGGCCGUAGCGCGGUCGGCAUGAGGCCUCGGAACCAAAUGGGGGCCCCUUUCCCACCCCCCCCCCUGCACUGACCUCUACGUCAUUGACCUCUCCUCUCGCGAUUUUCCUUCCCGUAUUUUUCCGCAUGAGCCAGCGCCGUCCCCUCCCAGCAUCGUCGUCCCCAGUGGCAAGUCGCUUGCAUGUCGGAGGUGCCCCGCUUUGCGCCCAGCCCUGCGUUCAUCCCGCGCGUCGGGACGAUGGCCUCGAUCGAAUCGGCCGACCUACGCCCCGGGGUGGCCACUCAACCUCGCUCGCUGUUUUGAACGAAUCGACACCCACGCGCAAAGGUUAAGAAUGAUAAGUAGAUGGAAAGUAUUUAUACUCCUGUGUGUCGUUUAAAAAAAAUGGGGGUGGGGGGGGGGGUGUAUGUGCAAUCUGGGCUUGAAUUUGAUCGAAUUUCAAGUAGCUUCGAUUUGCAUUUCACUUGUCGUCGUAAAUCUCUAUCGGCUGUCGGCGACCUUUCCGGGCAGUUGUUUUGGUUCGGCGGUAUUUGUCUUCCUUAGGGGGGGGGGGGGCACACGUGAAGCCAGUUGUCUCGACCACUCCACGCAGGAUGUGUUGAAGGAGAGCCCAGCGACACCUUCCGGGAGAGGCUUGGCUGUGAGUGAGUGCAGCGCGACCGGUUCAGGUGCUCAGCGCGGUCCCGCGAGGGAUCUUUAGCACUUUCUCCGCUGGCAACCCGAGAACGAGGAUGAGCACUGAGCGCAAAAUCGGAACAGGAAAAGUUGUCUUCUCAAAACGCAAGUCAGUGUUUUUUAGAGGAUGCAACCUGACCUGGGGAGUGGACAAAAGCGUUUAACAGAUGAUCUGUUUGGUUUUGAUUGCUCGCUUUUAACGGGAGGCUCAAUUCCAAUCUUCUACAAGUCAUCAUUAUCAUCAUAUUAUUACGAAUGUAUGGAAAGAUGUGUGUUUUCGUCACCAUCAUCAUAUGCCACCACCAUUAUCAUACUUUCACUCUUCACAAUUUAUUUCUCGCUUUAGGCCACGUUGCUAUCUGGCCAGAGUUUCUCGUAAAUAUCUCUACACCAUGAUACUGCUGUUCACCACGGUGGCGAGAUAUUAACUCUCUCACCUGAUAUGCAGAGGACGUGGGUUCGACCCCGACCCUGAUGCCUGUAUAUGUGGAGUUUGCAUGCUCUCCCCGUGGUCACGUGGAUUUUUCUCCAGGUCCUCCUGUUUUUCCCCUCGACGUUCAGAAUCAACGUGUUUUGCUGAUUCUAAACAUGGAACACGCGUUAAGAGUGCAUUAUCCGCCUGCUGUUAAUGUCCACGUGAUAAACCACCUCGUUGAGCCAUCAUUUGUGAUCGCCAGGUCGCUCAGUGGACAUUACCUGGCAACAUAAAAAAAGUUAAUUGUUUUUCUUGGUUCUUUCGGUAAAGUUACGUAGAAGGGAAAUAAUAAAAUAAUAUAAAUAAAACAUAAUAAAAUACAAGAACAAAUACAAGAAAGGGGCUGUCGAAAAGACAACUCAUUCAGACGCUGUCUUUCCGACAGCCCUGUUCUUCACCCGAGGACGGCUGCUUGCGUUGUGGCCGAAACGUCGUGAGAAUUGUAUUUUAUUAUGUUUUAUUUUUAUUAUUUUAUUAUUUCCCUUCUACGUGACUUUACCAAAAGAACCAAGAAGAUGAAUCCCUGCAGUCACGAAAGCUUUAAAUCGAAAAGUAAUUGUUUGUAGUGUAUAGAUAUAUAUCAAUCGUUCCAGUUCUAACUCAACAACCGAGCGGAGCACAAUGACGAGCCCCGCUGUGCACGUGACCACUCGACAAUUGAGAAUUUCUAUCAUCUCGGCACCGCGACGACGAAAACAAGUCGUUGGCAUUGCACCGCACCCCGUGGGCCUGAACUCUUCCCUGCACUGCCGAGGCAAAGGCUUUCCCGUCGAAGGUGUCGUCGAUGAGUCCAUCGCUAAUUGUGCUGCAAAAGAGCGCGCCCCUUUUUACUGACAUCAGUUAGGGGGGGUUGUCGUUCCGACGGUCAGCCAACCUCUUUCAUUUGCGAGUAAAGUCUGUAAGUUAUUCGUGUUUUUUGCUGCUUGUUAAAUUACCGAGAGGAGGAGGAGCAGAAGGAGGAGAAAACAUUUGAUUCAAAUGUCCACCGUUUUUAAUUCGGUGAAUGUUUUCACGAUAUUCAUGGUGGCGGUGGCGGAGGGCGAAUAGUAAAAUCCCGCGUUUGACGACGUGUGUUUAGUUUGCCGUGCGUUUCAAAUGGACAGUCAUUGCUUGCCGUCUCGUAAACGUGUGGGCUGCCAGUGUUUGUAAAUGUGAAGUCGAUGCGUUUGAACAACAACAAACAAAAAAAAAACAUAAUAAAAAUGAAAGUGUC